GCCGCGCGAGGCAUUCUGGGCCCCCGCGCUCCUGUUGCCGCUGUCGUCUGCGUCUCGCCAUGUCGGGCUCCCCAGUAAAGCGGCAGAGAAUGGAGUCCGCACUGGAUCAGCUCAAGCAGUUCACCACAGUGGUGGCUGACACGGGCGACUUCCACGCUAUUGAUGAGUACAAGCCCCAGGACGCCACCACCAACCCAUCCCUGAUCCUGGCUGCAGCACAGAUGCCCACCUACCAAGCAUUGGUGGAGGAGGCUGUCACCUAUGGGAAGAAGCUGGGCGGGUCACAAGAGGACCAGAUUAAAAAUGCUAUUGAUAAACUUUUCGUGUUGUUUGGAGCAGAAAUACUGAAGAAGAUUCCAGGCCGUGUAUCCACGGAAGUAGAUGCAAGACUCUCCUUUGAUAAGGACGCCAUGGUGGUCCGCGCCAGGCGCCUCAUCGAACUGUACAAGGAGGCUGGAAUUGGCAAGGACAGAAUACUCAUAAAGCUGUCGUCCACCUGGGAGGGUAUCCAGGCUGGAAGGGAGCUGGAGCAGCAGCACGGUAUCCACUGCAACAUGACACUGCUCUUCUCCUUCGCCCAGGCGGUGGCCUGUGCUGAAGCAGGUGUGACACUCAUCUCCCCCUUCGUGGGGCGCAUCCUGGACUGGCAUGUGGCAAACACAGACAAGAAAGCCUAUGAGCCUCUAGAGGACCCUGGAGUCAAGAGUGUCACCAAAAUCUACAACUACUACAAGAAAUUUGGUUAUAAGACCAUUGUCAUGGGUGCUUCCUUCCGCAACACGGGUGAGAUCAAGGCUUUGGCAGGCUGCGACUUUCUCACCAUCUCGCCCAAGCUCCUGGGUGAGCUGCUCAAGGACAGCAGCAAGCUGGUGCCCAUGCUCUCGGCCAAGGCAGCCCAGGCAAGUGACCUGGAGAAGAUACACCUGGAUGAGAAGUCCUUCCGCUGGCUGCACAAUGAGGACCAGAUGGCUGUGGAGAAGCUGUCUGAGGGAAUCCGGAAGUUUGCUGCCGACGCUGUGAAGCUGGAGCGGAUGCUGACUGAGAAAAUGUUCAGUGCAGAGAACGGGAAGUAGCAUGCAUCAGAGCGCAAGGACCCCAGGCCUGUGCUGCCUGUGACUGGAGUCCAGCUGUGCAAGACUGGGAUCGCAGUCGUCAGCAUUCAGGACGGGGGUGGAUCACAGGCUUCUGGUUUUAUGUAAAACUGCCUAACGCAUUAAAGCAGUUGCUUUUCCUAUGUG